AUGAGCCUCCUCAAUCGGCUCCACGGCGCCCGCUGGUGCCCUUUGCGGCAACAGCGACGGCGGUGCAACGGUGUUCGUGGCGUAUUUGCAGCUGCCACACUCAACCGCGGUGACUUGGUACUGUCAGUACCGCUUCGCUACUGCUACAUCACGCAGUGUUGCUCUCCGCACGAUCUCGGACGGUCUUCGGCCUCUUCAUUUGAGACUGUGAAGGGUAUGCAACAUCUGCGCCGCUGCAAUCGUGGCGUGGCAUUGUUUCCGGAGGCGUGGAUGUGGCUGCAGAGGUUCUCCGCCGACGCCGACACCGACCACGUGUCUUUGAGCUGUACAAUCUCGUGCGAAGCGGCGCCCGGGAGCAUGUCUGCCGUCCCAACGGUGAUGUCGCUUACCCUCUCACCGGUGGAGGCGACCCUUGCUACGUGCGUGGCUCUGCGCUACUUCUACGCCCACGCGCUCCACCUUUCAGCUGCGGCACGCGUUGCCCAUCGUAUCGGCCCACCGCCAAACGUCUUGUCCGACCACUUUAUUGCUAGUCUGCCGUUCGAAGACUACCUGCAGUGGGGCCUCGAGUCCCUCUACAGCGACUCCUCCUCUGCGGAGGCACAUCUGUGUCUCGAACAGCUGUCCUGCAACCUGCGCGAUGCCAUCUUGACGCACGCCACCAACGCGGAGUUUCGCUUCCUCGACGAAUCCCCCUCGUUGCUCGACUCGGUGAUUCUAACAAGCCUGUACCUGGUGCGUUCCCGCGUACUGCGCAUGCCGCUUCUUUCCAGUGUCUCGAGCAAGCCUGAUAGCAGCUGUAGCGUGUUUGCGCCGGGGCUGGAUGCACUGAAUCACUGCGGGGCGUCACCAGCCGCCGCGGCGGUUGUGUCGGCGGCGCAGCGCUCUGUGGUCGUGCGGGCGCUACGCCACAUCACCCGCGGUGAGGAGAUUACGCUCGACUAUAGACAAACUGGUGGCGGCAUUGGAGAGCGCUCGCCGCGUUGCUUUCAGACGGGUUCUCUCCUUGGCAGAGAUGAAAUAUGUAUGGACGAUGACUGUGCGGCGCGCUACCUUAUAGACGUGCCGAGGUGA